AUGUCUCUCCGGCGCCUCCUAGGCCUCUCCGCCGCCGCCGCCGCCGUCCCCGGACGCCCCCGCCGCUCCCUCGCCACGGCCGCCGCGCACCCUCCGUGGGCCAUCGUCAAGCGCUGGGCGGCGGCGGCCGACGAGCCGGCGCCGGGCGCGCUCGUGCACCUCGACCACCCGCCGCGCCUCUCCUGCCUAGGCGUCCCGAAGCACCUCCUCACGCCCAUGGCCAGCCCCGCCGCGGACAGCUACGUCAACCAGAUAGUCACCGGCUCCGUCCGCGCCGCCAGCGCUGACGGCCUCCUCCUCCUCUCCUACGUCGACGAGCGCGUGGUCUUUCCCGUCCUCGCCGAACAGGGCGCCGCUCCGCUGCGCAAUGAGCCGACCGAGCACGCCGUCAGCGUCACGCGUCUCGUCUGCAACCCUGUCACCGGUCAGCUCUCUCGCCUCCCGCCCGCCCUCUUCUACGAGCCUCAUGUCAGAAAGCUCAUGUGCGGCAAGCACACGGGCCUACUCACCCGAGCCGGUCGCGGCCACGACGGGCACGGGCCGCCCGACAGGUUCGCCGUCGCCGCGCUGCAGGGGGACCGGAUGGCCCGGUUUCUCUCGGAAACAGGCAGGUGGGAAUCUCUGCCGGUCUCGACGUGCCAGCUCCCGCUGGAGCGGGCGAUGGUGCUGGACCGGGAGGUGGUGGCCUUCGGCGGCCGCCUGUGGUGGCUGGACACGACCUGCGGCGCCAUCUCCGCCGACCCGUUCAGCGACCGGCCGGAGCUCUGCUUCGUCGAGCUGCCGAGGGGCAGCGUGCUGCCGGCCGCCGCCCCACGGGACUGUCCCGAUUGCGGGGACCCCUGCGGCGGCUGCGGCACAUCGAAGCACCGGCGCCUGUGCGUCAGCCAAGGGCGGCUGCGGUACCUCGAGGUCUCUCAAGAAGAGCCGUUUGUGCUCAGCUGCUUUGUGCUCGAUGUUGACAAGCGCGGUGGCUGGACGCUGGAGCACCGGCUCGACCUCAGCCGCUACGAGGCUCACCGGUACGGCCACCCAUGGCUGCCCUUAAAGGGGGAGAACACGCCACAAGUUGGGUUUCUUGACCCACUUGACGCCAAUGUUGUCUACAUGUCGGCCUGCAUCACCACUCUUGAGAAUACGCCACGAGUCGUCUUCGUCGUGGACAUGAAGAUAGACCUUCCGUUUCGGAGUUAUGCGUAUAGAUCAGGCGAACCCUGCUUCGUACCUUGUGUUCUUCCGCCGUGGCUUGGAUCGAGCCAGAUCCCUUCUGCAGGCAAGAAAAGUGUUAAGAAGAACAAGAGUUUGGCAGAUGUUCUGGUUCGUGCAGACAAUCUGCAGAAGAGAUGAAGGUUUCUUUAAACUAACAGCAGCUGUUGCUAUAAUAAAUUAGGAAGCUGAUGUGUGUGGUAUCUUACUGGGCUGUCAUUUUGGGAACUGGAUAAGUCAGGGUCUGCUAAGAGUUUGCCGAACUCUUCGUAUCUCGUCUUGGUGGUGAUCUGGGAGUUCUUUCAGACUUUGGGUUCGUGGUAGAACAUUCCAGUAGAACUGCAAAAUUAGUUCAGCAUGCAACGACUAUCAUAAAACAUCAUCAUGUUUGUGUAUGCUUUGUUUAGUAGCAAGACAUUGCAUCUGUAGGAAAAGAUUGAUGCUUCUACAUGUUAACUCUCAUAUAUUUAUGGAUCUAUGCUUAUCUCACCACCGCUGCAUUGAGGAUUUGUUUGAA